AUGAAGUACAAGGGCAAGUAUCCUGCAGGCAUCAUGGACGAGAAGCUACGAAACAUCGUCACCGGGAUACAGAAUACCAUGACCUCGAGCGUCAUGUUUUCUUCCAACCCUGUGAGCAAUGCGUUGCAGAAGCUUACAACGCAGGUCGUGCUUCUUGCCGUCGCAGCGUUCCUGACGUACAUGUACUCCCAAUCUUCUGAUCUCAGCGGAUUCCUGCAAAACAAAGCUACUUCCGUCUAUGUCGCAAGAUUGCACAUACAAGAAUACCGCGAUCAAGCUCCUCGCGCCUCCGUUCCCAGCGCCUCCGUCUCCAACUUCUCUCUCAUGCUUGACAGCUGCAACCAGCGAUCUCCGGCGUCCACCAAGACGGUGAACAACACGCUCUACUUCUUCUUCGCUCCGCCGGCGGAGGCCAACGGCUGGCACUUCAGCCUCAACCCUGACAAGCAGCUGGCGGGCUACGACCCGAUCGCCUUCAACCUCUCGAUACUGGAGCAGCCGGUGGGGAGCGGGGAGGAAGUAGGGAGUGUGUCGGGGAAGGCGUGGAAGGACUGGACGAGCUUCUCGUGCAGAGAGAGGCCGGGGAUGGGAGUGUGCAAGGAGGGCGAGGCUUACAGGGGGGCUCGGAUGAGUUUCAGCGUUCAGUUUCUACUACCGAAGAUAAUUGCAGCGAUCUUCUCCUUUGUUCAGCCUCUUGUAUGCGUCUUGGCGGUAGUGACGGCAAGGCUAGGGUAUCGACGGGUACCGAAGACGAUGUUCGCGUCCAUGUUUCACGUCAUAGGUGUUUUUGAAAUAAGCCAUGCCUUUCUAGAUACAGAUGUUCUUGCUCCUUAUCUUUUUUGGGGCAUUGGGGACUUUUCUUUCGGGAUGGUGAUCGAGUUUCGAGAGCAGUACAUGAUGACAGUCUUGCCCUUCUACUGCAUCUUCACAUCGUGCGGUGGUGUGGCACUUUACACCCAAUGGUUUAGGUCACCUCCAACCGUCGACACCUUUGGGUACAGUAACUACUUGCUACUUGCCUAUUGGCUUUAUUUGACCAUCGGAAGACAAUUUCUGCUUCACAGGGCCUUCAACAACGUCAAGUCGGAGCUUCUCAAGUACAACGACCUCUGGCAGUCUCUCUCUUCCUCCCAAACCAGCCGCCUGACCCUGGAGCGCAUCGGCCAGCUGGUCUCGCAGGUCCAAGUCCCGACCACGCUGGUUCAGAGCCGCGUGCAUGACCCCGACAGCCCGCUAGAGUCGUCGUCGAGCCCGCUGGAGUGGAUGCUGAGGAGGAGCCAGGGCGGGUCCUCCUCGCUGCGUGUGCCGAGCAAGAGCGUGUGGCCGCUGAGCAAGGACCCGCGGGUGGUGUCGCUAGACCAGCUGUACGCGCAGGCGGUGUUUGCCGACCCGAUCUUCCGGAAGAAGGUACAGGAGCUGGCGGAGGAGUCGAGGGGCUUGUUCCCGGCUCUGCCCCAUGGAUUUAACGGGUCGGUGGAGUGUAUCGGGUGGAGGGAGGCGAAGGAGGACGAGGAGCUUCAGCAGCGGAUCCGAUGGGCGCCGAUGAAGAGCGUGGACCGGGCGGUGGAGAAGCUCGUGCGAUCCUACAACAACGACGUGUCGAGGCUGCUGGACGUGGUGCGGCAGUGCAUCGUCUUCGAGCAGCUCGAGGACCUGUGCGAGUGUCUGGAGCGGAUCCUGGGAGACCCCGAGAUCGUGGUGAUGAGGAUCAAGAACAGGCUGGACCCGAGCUUCGACGCGCGGACGACGGGGGGGUACAGGGACGUACUUUUGAACCUACGGGUGGUGACGGAGAGGACGAGGGAGCUGGGGGUAGCGGGGCACGUGUGCGAGCUGCAGCUUCUGGUGAAGGGGUUUAUGGAUCUGAGGACGACGGAGGGGCACAAGAGGUAUGUAGCGUAUAGGAACCUGAGAUGUGAGUAA